CCGGUUGUCGGCGCACGCUUUCCUUCCGCGGUUUCGUGAAACGAAAAGAGUGCGAACGAGUGCUUCGGCUUUCAGAAAAUACAGAUAAAAUGAGUAAAGCACACCCACCCGAGCUGAAGAAGUUCAUGGACAAGAAGCUUUCAUUGAAGCUGAAUGGAGGCAGACAUGUGCAAGGCAUCCUGCGGGGGUUCGACCCUUUUAUGAACCUGGUGGUGGACGACUGUCUGGAGAUGGGCCCCGGAGGACAGCAGAACACAAUUGGCAUGGUGGUCAUCAGGGGAAACAGCAUCAUCAUGCUGGAGGCCUUGGAGAGAGUAUGAGAGCGGAGGAGGCACCUGAAGAAAAUGAUCCCUACAUUUUGUUGUUUUUUUUUGUUUUGUUUUUUUACAUUAUUGUCCCUUUCUGGCUCCUCAGUAAGGAGACAAAGCAUUUGUAUUUGAAUUGUGAGAUGAUAGAUACAGUCUUUUUGUUUGGACUUUUGAAAUGUGUGACCUUGUGAAUAAAUCAGUUUUCUUUGUAA